CGUCCCGCCUCGGUACGCGUGGCCGGCGUUAAGUCUAGACCCAUCGAACGAUGGUGUCGCGCUGAGUGGCUUCUCAGGCUCAGGCCCUGAAAAGCCCAGGAAUCGGCCCCAGGUGUCCGUAGCGAAUGCCCGGCCGGGUACCAUUUCCAUAUUAGCAAAUCCCAAGCGUCGGUGCGACCGGCAGCUUCGCAGUGCUCCGCUGGGCAGGCCUAACGAGUCGAACGCGGAACUAGAGAGCAGGCUAGGCCCGUACGGGGGCUGUUGCUCAGCAGGCCCGGCCUGGCUUUGGGCCCCGGGCCUCCCAGCCGGGGACUUUGCGCCUGCGCCCGUCCGGCUGCUGCCGGCUCUCCCGGUGCGGCCGCGGUCCCAGCAGCAGCGCGCCGCCUGGGUGGCUGGGCGGUCCAUGGGCAGCAGCGAGGGCCACGAUGACAGAUUACGGCGAGGAGCAGCGCAAUGAGCUGGAGGCUCUAGAGUCCAUCUAUCCCGACUCCUUCACAGUGGUGCUACCAUCCUCUGCCUGCAGAUUUGGAACGAAAGAGGUUGCUGAGCUGCUGCCAACCUUGACAGGGGCCAGUGCUUCCCAGGGCUGGAGUGAGGCACAGGCUUUUCUCAGGGGCUCAGCAGCAAUCCCAGGUGUAUUAUCAGAAAAUCCACCCAGUUUCACCAUUACUGUGACAUCUGAGGCUGGAGAAAAUGAUGAAACUGUCCAGACUACUCUCAAGUUUACAUACAGUGAAAAAUACCCAGAUGAAGCCCCUCUUUAUGAAAUAUUCUCCCAGGAAAAUCUAGAAGAUAGUGAUGUCUCAGACAUUUUAAAACUAUUAGCAUUACAGGCAGAAGAAAACCUUGGUAUGGUGAUGAUCUUUACUUUAGUGACAGCUGUACAAGAAAAAUUAAAUGAAAUAGUAGAUCAAAUAAAAACUAGAAGAGAAGAGGAAAAGAAACAAAAAGAAAAAGAGGCAGAGGAAGCUGAAAAGCAAUUAUUUCAUGGCACUCCUGUUACAAUUGAGAAUUUCUUAAGCUGGAAGGCCAAGUUUGAUGCAGAACUCAUGGAAAUUAAAAAGAAACGAAUGAAAGAAGAAGAACAAGCAGGAAAAAAUAAAUUAAGUGGGAAACAGCUCUUUGAGACAGAUCAUAAUCUUGACACAUCUGAUAUCCAGUUUCUGGAAGAUGCUGGAAACAAUGUGGAGGUAGAUGAAUCUCUGUUCCAAGAAAUGGAUGACUUGGAGCUAGAGGAUGAUGAGGAUGAUCCAGACUAUAAUCCUGCUGACCCAGAAAGUGAUUUGACUGACUAAUGGACUGUCCCCAGCUGCAGAGAGGUGUGACUGCCACAGCAUCUGUGGCUGUGCUGAGGUGUUGAUUUUUCUUUCUUUUUUUCUAAGAAAAAAUAAUUUUCAGGAGAAUAUUCUUCUGAUAGCUUUCAUCAUUGAACUUAAUAAACUGACCUUAAAGUUUCAAAUAUAA